GCGAGGCUCGAGGAUCGUUGAUUUUGCUCCAAGCCAGUGAAAUAUCAGAUGUGGUUACCACUAUAGCGGUUUCCUUUCAAACUCACAAUAAAGGAGGGUAGCGCGUAUAGCAAACUUAGAAAGUGUAUAGGAAGAGUUCACGUUUUGUUUUGUCUAAAAACGUCAAUUUUUAGAUUGAUAUGCACUUCACUGACCGCAUCCCUCCUGUCGCUAAGCCAAAGAGAAUGUUGUGUUUACAAUGCAGAGCGCAUGCCAUGGACGAAAAUUCGAGAGAGAAAACAAACCCAAAGUGUUUCAAUGUAAUCCUGGUUCGAUGUAGCUUACACCACCUUAACCUACAGAAAUCCUGCCGUCAUCCUUGCUUUUCCUUCAUGUCGAGUUCCUCCAUCGCGAGAUCCUCCAUCCACGACGUUUUCUCGCACAGUUCACAAGGUUUCCUCGCGUUGCGUACAUGCAGCAGGUACCGCAGUUUUGACACAUCAGAGACCACCGCACACCUGACAUUCGGUGCGAUCUCAACGCGCAAUUACUCGACAGCAACCGAAGGAAAUAAAACGUCCCAAAGAAUAGCAUUUUGCAGUCGUGUUGGCGACACAUACUAUAGAAACUAGCAGAUCUUCACUGGGCUCAUCAUGGCUGGAAGACGAGGGUUGGUUGUGCCGCAGAAUACGUUCCUCGAUAACAUUGUAAAGAAGACGAAUGGAACACAUGAGAACUUCCUGUUGGCAAGCGCCCAAAUCGUGGAUUCCCCGAUCGUGUACUGCAGUGAAGGUUACACUAGGAUGACAGGCUAUAAGAAAAAUCAGGUCGUCAAAAAGAAGGCAAAUUGUAGCUUCAUGUACGGGUCCCUGACCACCAAAGAUGCUGUGAGAUUGUUGAGAAGUUCCAUCCUAGAGAAAAAAGAUUCACAGAUUGAGAUAUUGCUAUACAAAAGAGACGGCACACCAUUCUGGGUGUUAUUAAACAUCGGCCUGGUUUAUGAUGAGUUGGACGAGGGUGUUCUGUUCUUGCUCACGUUUCAAGAUAUCACCGAGUUUAAAGAACCCAUCAACCCCAGCUAUCGUAAACACAGAUGGUCAGAAUUCAACAAAGUUCUCCACACUAAACCGAUGCAAGACAACCCGAUUUCGAAGGCAAAAGAGGAGAAAAACCGACUUUUCAUCAAUCAAUUAAUGGAAGACAACGUGAAAAUCCUUCCUGAGUAUAAGCAAGAAAUACCUGACACACCUCGUUACGUCAUUCUUCAUUGCUCGACACCGAAGAUAGUUUGGGAUUGGUUUAUCCUAAUUUUCAUCCUCUACACGGCGACAUCUGUGCCGUUCAUUGUCUGCUUUAAGUUCGACUCUCUUCCGAUGAGUAUUGCCGACACGGUAGUGGACUUUAUGUUUCUUAUUGACAUCGUCCUUAAUUUCCAUACGUCGUACGUCGGCGAUGAUGGCACCAUCGUCUUUGAUCUUAAGCGGAUAAGAAGAUCGUACUUCCGAAGUUGGUUCUUCGUGGAUCUCGUCACCUCUUUGCCGUAUGGUCUAUUAGGCAUUUUGAUUGGUGGGGGUGUAGGACGGGGAAUAACAGAAAUGAUAGGUUUUCUAAAAGCAGUCCGCUUACUGCGUCUGAAUCGAGUGGUUCGAGCAUUAGACCAAUACCUGGAGUAUGGGUUCAUCACACUAAUCCUGUGGAUGUUAUUCUUCUGCCUUUGUGCUCAUUGGAUGGCAUGCAUCUUCUUUGCCAUAGCUGACCACUACGACAAAUUUGAUGACAUCGGCUGGGUGCGAGCCAUGUCGGAACAGACAAUGCAACCGCUGGUUAUCAUCAAUGGUACUGUGGUUGAGAAGCCAACCCUUGCCUCGCUGUACAUGUCCUCCCUGUACUUUUCUCUCACUAGCCUCACCUCAAUUGGGUUUGGGAACAUCGCUCCAAACACAACGGCUGAGAAAAUAUUCUCAUGCGUGACUAUGAUUUUUGGAGGUUUGUGUUACGCUGUGAUUUUUGGUCAAGUCACGGCAAUUGUGCAACAGGCGCAGAAAAAAUCGGAAGGUUACCAUCAAACGCUGGACAACAUGCGUUCCUUUUGUAAACUUUAUCAAGUGCCGAAAGAAAUUUCCACGAGAAUCAUUGAUUACUACAUGUACACCUGGGUGUUAAAUAGAGGAGUGGACACUAACCAGGUACUCUUGAAUUGUCCUAAAGAUUUACAAUCUGACAUAUGUAUACACCUCAAUCGAAAGAUAAUCGACAGCACACCAGCUUUCGGCGAACUGUCAAACGCCGUCCUGCGAGCUGUGGCGAGGAACUUUGCCAUACAUCGAGUGGCGCCAGGCGAGAGAGUGGUACAUGAAGGGGAAAGUCUGGAUUCUGUGUUCUUCAUCGGCUCUGGCUCUUUUGAAGUAACGCAGAAAGGCAAAGUUGUAGGACUGUUGGGUGAAGGUGAUGUGUUUGGCGAUGAUGUUUGUCGAUUCAGUGACGUUGGUAGAUCAGUGGCUGACGUGUUCGCACUCACCUACGCUGAUGUUCACGCGAUUGGUCGAGAUGAACUAAUGAAUGCUCUCGCGUUUUAUCCCGAGUAUGGAAUUCAGUUUGCCAAAGUUUUCCGACUUUCAUUUUGCCUGAGAGAUGAGGUAACAAUGCGAAAACUUUCCGCGCAUCCUCGUGCAAAAUCGACCUUCAUGGCCAAGGGAAUGGAGGGCCGCAGGUAUUCUAUGGUUGAGGAGAUGCAGCAACAUGUUUACGACACCGACUCAAACAAUGGCGACUUGGGAACACCCAACAGUCAGAAUAUGACCGACACAGAUCCACCGAGCAAACCGUUUAUCAAACCCACAAAACCUCGCUAUUCCUUUGCAAGCGGUAUGGAAGGCAUUCCGGAAAAUGCCGAACUUGAUCCGAGCGGUGACGACGACGAUUUUAAACGCUGGAACGACUAUCAAAACUCAUCAUCAGCUUCUGAAGGACUUUUGAACGAAAUCACAGGAAUGAAAUCGGAUGUUAGACGCGAAAUUGAAGUUAUGGGCGGAAAGAUGAACCAACUUGAGCAGAAUAUCUCAACUAUACUUAGUCUACUGCAAGAACGCGGGUUCAAAUCGUCCGAGUCUUCAAACUCCGCACUUGGCAUUCAACCAACUAAGACACCCGAAGCGACAAGAAGCCGAGCUGCGAGUAUUUUGUCACGAGUGAAGUCGGAAAUGCCCGAAGAGCCUUUGCCGGAUUGGGUUGAGUUGGAAAAUUUUGGAAUGACAGGUAAUGCAAAACCAGAGAACGAAGUGGAGAAGGAAGGAGAAAAUGAAGAGGAGGCAGAGGAACAGUCAAAUAGAAUUGGCGGGAGAUUGACGAAGAAACGACAAAUUGAAGCUAGACGAAAGAAGAAGAAAGCCGAGAAAGCUACACGGAAAAACGAUUCAGAUGAAGAAAAGGAAACGAAUGAGUCGGUGAUUCCUGUGACCAUACCUGAGGUUCAGCAGCCUGGUACUGCCGCGUUGGAAUACGUAGAAGACGUUGAGAUGAGUGAGGUUUUGAGUCAAGCUGACCAGCCCGAGUUUCAACAGGACGAAACACAACAAAACCCCGACGAUGAGUUGUUAAAACCAGGAUCCCUGGGGAUGGACGAAGAUCAAGAGAUGCUGUCAUCUUUGAGCCUACAAAAUGAAGACGGCAAGAAAAAGCGAAAGAAGAGGAAAGGUGAUAAAAAAUCGAAGCAAAAAAAAGAAGAUGAAGUAGAUAGCACAAGUGAAACACCAGGACCUUCGGAUCCUCAACCUGGAGACGAUGACCAGCCCGAGCUUCAAGAGGACGAAGCAGAAAAAAACCCGGACGAUGAUUUACUAAAACCAGGAGAAGACGAAGAUCCUGGGAUGCUGUCAUCUUCGAGCCUACAAAAUGAAGAUGGCAAGAAAAAGCGAAAGAAGAAAAAGGGUAAAAAAUCGAAGCGUAAAAAAGAAGAAGACGAUGGUGCAACUCCGAGCGAAUCACCGGGGCCUUUGGAAGAUCCUGCAAAUGACGUUGCCAUAACAAUACCUGAAGAAGGCGAUAACAUUUCCUACCCAGGUCCCGCAAGGUCGAAUUCGUCUCUUUCCGACGACCAUCGAUCAUCGUCCAGAGCAGGCACGAAGGAUUCGCCCGAGGAGAAUGCACACCCGAAAGAAGAUAAUUCCAAUACAUCGAGGGAGCCAAGUCCCGCGCCUGAUGGGCCUUUUCUUGCUCCAGGGGAAACAGCCCCGGGUAAAGAUUCCCGGAAAAAUAGUGACGUCGCCCUCAUAUAAUGGACGUCGAUGCGGAUGACCAUUCCUAUUCCAAGUAAGAGAUCCGCCACUGUAAACUGUAAGACUGUAAACUGUCUUUUAAACAUAUUCGCAAUCUACGGAUUUAUAAGUUUAUUCCCAGUUCACGCUACUGGCAAACAGCAUAAUAGCUGUGAGGCUUGCAAUGAUACACGCAAUAAUAGAUAAUGCCCACAAUAUAGCAAUUCUCUUGCGUCCAGAGCUCAAAUGACCAACCCGUCUCCAAGAGGGAAAACCCUGGUACGAGGUUGCCCGGCGUCCAGCGAAGCAAAAAGGCAGUGCACUACUCACUGUUAACUGCAAGUAAUGAACUCUCUGUUAACUGCAAGUUCGCAACCACGUGUUUACCACCGAAAUGAGGCUAAAGAAAUGGUUAGCCUGCUUAAAUGACACUUUAUUGUAGGGAGGAAAAUAGCACAACAAUGGCACCAUGUAAUUAUUCAAACAAAUGUUGUCAAUAUAAAGAACAUAAAGAUAUUGACAUCCGAAUUUUAAAACGUUAGCACAAACUUAAAAGCACGUUAUGGAAGUAUAUUUAUAAACAUUGUACUUAGCUAAUAGCUACCAUUGUAUUUUUUAUAUC